GGGGGUCGCCACAGCGUGUCAUCUCAAGAUGAACGCUCAUAUUUGUUUACUGCAGUUUUUAUGCCGGAUGCCCUUCCUGAGAGAAACCCCUCUUGGGGAGUUGGGGGCCCAGUGAGAAACAAACUCACGACCCCUGGUUUACCAAACCAUUGCUCUAACCCAUGAGCUAUUGGGCCCCAUGAAUAGGACACUUCAUCAACACAAAAAUGUUUUAGCUGACAACAACUGAAUCACGCUGGAGAAUAAAAAAACAAUGUACGAAAAGUAGAAGUUGGAUCAAACAACGUGAUCUUCUAUAUGAUAGGCCCCUUUCAUACUGGCCACCAAGGCAGUCUUUCCUCAACUUCCUGCAGCUUCAAAGGCAUAAACAAGUGCAGCAUUCAGCUUUUAUGCACCAUAUUUUCUGUACUCUAAGGCGGACCCAAAAGUCUUUAAUUUUCUCCAAAACUGACGGUGCGCCUUAUAGAUGGAUCGAUAUUGAGCCUUUCGUGCAGCUCCAUCUAAUGGAUGCAUAACCAUAACCCAGCCUCUACUGUAGUGUCUAUUCUAUGCGCCUUAUAAUGCAAUGCGCAAUUAUAUAUGAAAAAAGCUGUCAAAAUAAGGCCAUUCAUUGAAGGUGUGCCUUAUACUGCGGAAAAUACGGUAACCAGAUAGCGGGAAGUGUUUGGAGUUCAUCAUAUUGGAGUUGAAAGGAAUUGUCGCUUUUCAAGAAGUAUUCUGGCUCUAUUGUUGCCAUGCUGCAAAGUUUGUAAAACAGUGGCGAGGCCCGGCCGUGAUGUACGGAUUAGAGACGGUGGCACUGAAGAGAUGACAAGAUGCAGAACUGGAGGUGGCAGAAAUGAAGAUGUUGAGGUUCUCGCUCGGAGGGAGCAGGUUGGAUAGGAUUAGAAAUGAGCUCGUUAGAGGGACAGCCAAAGCUGGAUGUUUUGGGGACAAGUUUAGAGAGAGCAGACUUCGAUGGUUCGGACAUGUUUCAGAGGCGAGAGAGUGAGAAUAAUGGUAGAAGGGUGCUGAGGAUGGAGCUCCCAGGCAAAAGAGCGAGAGGAAGACCAAAGAGAAGGUUGAUGGAUGUGGAGAGGGAGGACAUGAGGACUGUGAUGUGUUAGGGAGGAAGAUGCAGGAGAUAGGCUCAGAUGGGAAAAGAUGACACGCUGUGGCGACCCCUAACGGGACAAGCCGAAAGAAAAAGAAGAAGAAGGUGUCGCCGUGCAGCUAAUUGCCUGCGUGCCAAAAACUGCAUCCUCGCUGUAAAAGCAUACGACAAACACGGAAAUGUCCCAAUACGAAUUUGGACGCCCUCCACGACCACCUGGGCACCAUCUAUCCUGGCAUGAGGGCCCCCUCGUUCCGUUGCACGGACGCCGAGAAGGGCAACAACCUGAUCCUCCACUACUACUCGGAGCGAGAAGGCCUGCAGGACAUCGUGAUCGGCAUCAUUAAAACGGUCGCGCAGCAGAUCCAUGGCACGGAGAUCGAGAUGAAGAUGAUCCAGCCCAAAAGCGAGGAGUGCGACCACAUCAAGUUCCUGAUCGAGGAGAAGGACUCGGAGGAAGAGGCCUUCUACGAGGACCUGGACGGCUUCGAGGAGAACGGCACGCAGGAGACGCGCAUCAGCCCGUACACCUUUUGCAAGGCCUUCCCCUUUCACAUGAUGUUCGACAAAGACCUGAUGCUCACGCAGUGCGGCAACGCCAUUUACCGGGUGCUGCCUCAGCUCCAACCUGGUGCCUGCAUCCUCCCUUCGGUUUUCUCCCUGGUCCGCCCGCACAUCGACUUCAGCUACCACGGCAUUCUGUCCCACAUCAACACGGUCUUCGUCCUGCGGAGCAAGGAGGGUCUGCUAAAUGUGGAGACGGUGGAGAACGAAGACGAGCUGACGGGGGUCGAGAUCAGCUGUCUGCGGUUAAAGGGGCAGAUGAUUUAUUUGCCCGAAGCCGAGAACAUCCUCUUUCUUUGCUCGCCCAGUGUGAUGAACCUGGACGACCUGACGCGGAGGGGCCUGUACCUGAGCGACAUCCCGCUGCACGACGCCACGCGGGACCUGGUCCUGCUGGGCGAGCAGUUCCGCGAGGAGUACAAGCUGACCCAGGAGCUGGAGAUCCUCACCGACCGGCUGCAGCACACACUCCGGGCGCUGGAGGACGAGAAGAAGAAGACGGACAGAUUGCUCUACUCGGUCCUGCCGCCGUCGGUUGCCAACGAGCUGAGACACAAACGUCCCGUCCCGGCCAAGCGCUACGACAACGUCACCAUUCUUUUCAGCGGCAUCGUGGGCUUCAACGCCUUCUGCAGCAAGCACGCCUCCGCCGAGGGCGCCAUCAAGAUCGUCAAUCUGCUCAACGACGUUUACACCCGCUUCGACAUCUUGACCGACUCGCGCAAGAACCCUUACGUGUACAAGGUGGAGACGGUGGGCGACAAGUACAUGACGGUGAGCGGACUGCCUGAGCCGUGCACGCACCACGCCAAGUCCAUCUGCCACCUGGCGCUCGACAUGCUGGAGAUCGCCGGACAAGUCAAAGUGGACGACGAGCCUGUGCAGAUCACCAUCGGGAUCCACACGGGGGAGGUGGUGACGGGGGUGAUUGGCCAGAGGAUGCCUCGGUACUGCCUGUUUGGCAACACGGUCAACCUCACGAGCCGCACGGAAACCACCGGUGAAAAGGGCAAAAUCAAUGUGUCGGAGUACACUUACAGGUGCUUGCAAUCCGCCGAGAACGCGGACCCUCAGUUCCACCUGGCGUACCGCGGCCCCGUCACCAUGAAGGGGAAGAAGGAACCCAUGAAGGUCUGGUUCCUGUCCAGACAGGAAGUCCACUGACACGCCCAACCUGAGCUCCAACUCCGUUCCGUCAGACGGAUCAAGUAGAAUGAUAUGACGCAAAGGUCGCUGAUAUAUGACCACCACGUUCUCUAAUAUGAAGUCCAGUUGUUAUGACACUGUCAUUGUUUUUGAUGUUUAUUUUGGAUCUUUUUCUCUCCCCUGCGCGUGUGUGUGGUUGCAGUCUGACUCGGUCUAAUCUUUUACAACGUCACUGUUGCAUCUGUUGAUCUUGUCGCGUGUAGAUAUUAAGAACUGUUUAGAUCAAACAUGUACAAAAUGGAAUGAGGACCAUUAUGAACGGUACCUGUUUGCACGGCGGUAGAAGGAUGGCCGAAUGUGUGUGAACCUAAUAAAUUGCCACACGUUUAUUACUACUCUAGUGCUAAUGCACAAGUACAUGUCAGAGACACAUUUUUAACAUUUUAAUAUCUUAUUUUGCCAUGGUACUCUAUGUACCUUUUGGGAAAUGCCCCAAAUAAAGUCUUAUGAGCCCGCA